AUGCAUCGACAACGUCUCCACAUAACGGUUAUGCUGGUGAAGCGAUUCAAAUCAACAAAGGAAAACGAGGAUGUUACGUAUUACGUACCUCCCAAGACAUUCCGCCCCGCAUAUUUUCAUCCGAUGAAACCAUUCAAACGUAAAUCAGCGGAUCCAUUUCCACCAUUCCCAAACGAGGGAGAUUCGAGUGGUAUGGGACCGCGUUUAUACGAUUAUCAAGUAAUGAGCGAACUUGUACGUAGUUUACCCAGUGUUUCGGAACGGAUUGAUUUUGUUAAUCCAUAUGAACGUGAAUUUACUUUACGUGAGAAACGUUUCCAUCGGCCAUGGCAAGCGCAACUGUUGAAAACGCGAAAAGCAUGGCGAAUACAGUCGUUUCCAAACUAUUUCGAUCCAUUAAAUUUUUAUCAGUAUGUCACUAAAACAAGAUGUAUAGAAGGAUUAAGCGAAUGGUAUGAUGAAUCUGCUCCAAUACUUGCAGAAGGUUUCGAGAAUCGUUUAAGUGAAAUGUUAAAAUUGCAUUUGGAAUCGUCGAAUGUUGAUAACGAGCAAAAAAGGACUACGAGAAUUUUGAGAAGUUUAUUGGAUAUGUUGAUUGAAAGUGCAAUUCAAAGUGGCAUGUAUACUUGUCUAGCGCAUCAGAGGAUAUCUCAUACAUCACGAUGCGAAUCAUUCUGGAUUCGUUGUGGAUUUGAUGCUCUUUACGAAAAUGUGGAUCAACAUAGACAUCGAGGCGAUAACAGAGCAAAGCUUGGUGAACUUGCUUUCGUCAUGAGAGAUGCAUUUGCGGCGCAGUUACGAACAAAAAAUCCAUUGAAGCCUUUAAUGUCAUUUUGGGAUAAAGAAGUUACAAAGCCAUUAUUCGAUCCUGCAUUUAAUGUUAAAGAUGAAUUGAUAUAUUCACCCGCUAUGUUUGGAAUGAUGGCUGAUGCAGAUCCACUAUGGCAGUGUCCGGGAUAUGAACCUGAUUGUGGUGAAGAAUACAAAUAUGGUCACAUAGGAUUUAAGCAAUUCAAUGAUUUGGAUAUUCAUUGUAAAAGAUGGAAAGUGAAGGGUGAGGAAGAGAAAAUAAUUCGCAAUGAAUGUCUUCGAGCUUCUGCUGUUGUAUCACUCUUCUCUUGGCUGAAUUCUCAGGCUCAUGCGUUGGGUUUCACGCAAUACAAUGAUAUCGAAUAUCCGCUUGUAUCGCAGUUGGUAAUGUCCGAUGGGAAGCAGUUUUUCUUUGCUAUAGCUCAACUAAACACCUUACUUAUUAAUGUUGACAUUGAGGGAAUAAUAAAUAAACGUUCGAAUUUAUGCUACGUGGAAGGACCUCUAAAUCUCUAUGAUCGAUAUGAUAGCGAUAAGGGUAUAUUUGAAUUUGGUGAGAUUUGUACCGAUAGAGAAGUAAGCAAUUUUAACCCACAUGUGCUUGGUCGUUUGAUGCAAAUGCUUGUGAGGGAUAUGCCGGUAAAGACAGAGAUAAUAGGCGACUCGGUAGAGAUAUCAAAGUAUAUUCCUGUAAUGUUUAAUGGUAUUCCAUAA